GUGAGGCAGAGCUUUUGCUACCGCUCAUAGGAUCUGCCAUGCAUUUGCGUGCUUUCGAGUGAGUUAUCAGAGUUGGGAAGGAAACUCUUCUCCGUCUGCCGUGUCAGUUGUUGGUGAAUCCUCGAAGGAGACGGUCGUGCGCGGAAAUUUUAAAACUCCCAACCGUUGAAACUUGUUUUCCUGAAUUCGCAUUCUUGGUGGUCAAACAUUUAACCGGAAGAGAAGUGGAAAAGAUAUUAAAAAAAAAACGAAAACGAACUCAUGCAGUAAUUUCCCAAUUUUAAUUCAGUUCGUUGGACUUGCAUGGAGAGGGAAUGUGGUAUUUUUCCUUUUUAUUAUUAUUUUACAUAUUUCUGGCAAAGGAGAUAAAGUGAUGAGAGGAGAAACCAUAAAAAAGCAUCUACACGAUAUUUAUACGAUUCCCUACCAGACUUUAAUGGAAAAUGUGCAAAUGUGAAAAACGUGGCAUUUAGUUGAGAGAUCCAUAUAGCGGUUUGGAUGAGUGGUGAGAGAUGAUCCAGAAAAAAAAUAAACAACAUAAAAAUUUAUUGUCCGUAAAAACAUUUUCUCCCAACAAUUAUUGUAAAUCAAUUUUGUGAAAAAUGAUGUUGGAGCAUUCGAAGCAACUUGCUACUGCAUUAUACCGCAUUUCCCAAAACAUUCUGUGUCUUUUAUAUUUGUACAACAAAAUGCAAAGUUUCUACCAAGCUCUCAUUGGAUAAUUUAUAACAAUGGGCACAACUAUUAAAUGGAUUAUGGUGUUUUGAAAAGGAUACGAAAGUAAAUGUUGGAAAAGUCCACCGAAUCCCAGAUGGAAUACUUAAGGAUUGUUCUUGGAAUUGUUGUAGUGAGUGAUUUUCUCCGAACAACGCAGAGUAUUAUAAUGGACGAUGGCAGUACUUUGCAAGCCCCAUCAUUCCUACAAGAGCCAUCAUCGAGGCUUACGUUCAGCAAUGAUACUGGGUCUCAGAUUUCAUGUUCAGCACAUGGAAAUCCUCCAGCAAUUGUUACAUGGCUCCAUAAAGAUGGUUCGGUGGUGAAUGCGGUACCUGGAUUAAGACAGACACCAGGAAACGGAACACUAUACUUUCCUCCAUUUCUUGGUCAGUACUAUCGUGCAGAUGUCCACGAUGAAAUUUACCGAUGUCGUGCUAGCAAUAAGGCCGGAACAGUUCUUAGUCGAUCCGUACAUGUUCACGCUGUUGCGAGGCAGCAAUAUGAUAUUCGAGUAGAUGGAAAGGAUGUGAUUCUGGGAAACACUGCAUUUCUUCACUGCCAUAUACCAGAGCAUGUUCGUGAUUAUGUAUCAGUGACUUCUUGGUACCGAGGAGAUGAAGUCUUACUACCAGAAAUAUCUGACGUGGGUGGGAGAUACUCAGUUACUUUGGGAUCGAAUGAUCUUUAUAUACGAUCUGUAAGAUCGGAAGAUGGCCUAAAAGAAUUUUCCUGUUUAACCAUCAACACAUUAACUGGAGAACGAAAACUGAGUGAUCCAAUCUUUUUAUCUGUUAAAGAAAUUUCAUCGAAUAUGGCGCCACAAACUAAUCAAAAAUCAAUAACGGAAAUUCAUGUUGACCGGGGCAAUGAUAUUCACCUGCCCUGCAAUGUGCGCGGAAAUCCCAUUCCCAUUUUCACAUGGUUUCGUGUAACAGAUUCUGGAGCACUGUAUCCACUGCCAACAUCUCAACGAAUCAUACCAUCGCAAUCGAUUUUACUGCUUAAGAACUCAGACGAACGUGAUUCGGGAAGAUGGAUCUGCAAGGCGUCUAAUCAAUUUGGGGACCAAAAGUUGGAGAUACGUUUAUUCGUCAAUUCAUAUCUAUCUAUUCAUGUUCAUCCCCAAACACAAACCAUCAACUCAGGCGGUAGGGCAAUUUUCAAUUGUUCCAUCGUUGGAUCUCCAAUUGACAAAAUUGAGUGGUUCCAUGAUGGAAAACCAAUUGUGCAAGACACCCAGGGAAGGAUAAAAUUGCUAUCACCCACCUCCCUUGUGAUACUGCAAGUGGGACGUGAAGACAGGGGUAUUUAUCAAUGUAUGGUGUCCAACAAAAAAAGUAGCGCCCAGGGAAUAGCAGAACUCAAGUUGGGUGAUACAGUUCCUGAACUAAUUUAUACGUUCAUUGAGCAAAAUGUCCGUCCGGGACCGCACAUUUCUUUGAAGUGCUCCGCCACAGGAUCCCCACCACCACAGUUCACCUGGCUGCUGGACUCUGAGCCAAUAUUGGAUGUGUCAUCAUUGCAUCGAUACGCCAUCGGGCAGUUUGUUGAUAUAACCGGUGAUGUAAUAAGUCAUUUGAAUAUAUCACAUGUCCGGACCGACGAUGGAGGAUUGUACAAAUGCAUUGCCGCAAAUUCUAUUGGGAGUGUUUCACAUGCAUCUCGAUUAAAUGUUUAUGGUCCUCCAUACAUUCGUACAAGUAGACUAAAGCAAUUACUGACCGGGACUGAUGUCACUAUCCACUGUCCCUAUUCUGGUUAUCCGAUUGAAUCAAUCAGGUGGAAGUUGUCAGAGCAAGAAAUAAUUCCAAAUUCACGUUAUACUGUGGCGAGUGUCCAGGAUGGUGGCUUUCUUAAGAUAAAUCAAGUGGAUACUCACGAUGCUGGUCGUUACACAUGCAUUGUCCGGAGUAGAUCUGGGGAAGAGGCACGAAGAGAUUUGCAGGUUGUCAUCAAAAGUCCACCUGUUAUCGAACCAUUUGCCUUCCCUAAGAAUCUCCAGGAAGGUGGUAGGGCACAGCUCUCGUGCAUUGUGUCAUCUGGAGAUAUGCCAGUAUUUUUUAGUUGGCACAAAGACAAUGCUCCCGUGCCCAUUGGUUUACAAGUCACGGAAAAGAAAGAAGACUUCUUUAGUAUUCUAGUAUUUAAAGAUCUCACAGAUCGACAUAGUGGACGGUAUACGUGCUUUGCCACAAAUUCAGCCGCCAAAGUGAAUUAUACUGCAGAACUCAAUGUUCGUGUGCCACCCCACUGGAAGCAGGAGCCCAAAGACACAGCUGUGAUGCUAGGCAAUCCCAUUUCUUUACACUGCGAAGCUGGCGGAUUUCCAGAACCAACCAUUUCCUGGUUUAAAGGACAAGGAAAAAUGUCACAGGACUUCCAUUUAAUUCCCCUGAAAAAUAACACACUCACUGUGGAUUUUGCCACCUCAGACGAUGAAGGAUAUUACAUGUGUCUGGCGAAAAAUGAUAUCGGUUCUGGAUUGAAGAAGGUUAUCCAUGUCAAUGUUAAUGAACCCGUGAGGUUUGAAUAUCCCAUGAAAAAUGUUUCAUCUCGACGCAAUGAUCCGGUCACCCUAAGUUGUAUAGCUAUAGGGGAUGAACCCAUAAAUGUUGUGUGGUCCCACAAUACAGCUAGGAUAGAUCUCAAUAAUUAUCGAUUAAAUAUAGCGGAAAUAAAGACUGAAAAUGGAGUGAACUCCCAACUCUCAAUAAGCCGUACAGACCGACAUGAUUCGGGACGCUAUAAGUGUAUUGCGGAAAAUCCCUUUGGCCGUAGUGAGCACACCAUCUUCCUGGCUGUACAAGAACGUCCGGAUGCUCCGUCAAAUCUCGAGGUAGUUGAGGUCAAAAGUCGCACAGUGAAGCUAUCCUGGAGGCGACCUUUCGAUGGAAAUAGCCCUGUUCUCAGUUACUUGGUUCAGUACCAACCUGUAAAAUCUCUUCAUAAUCUCCCACCCACCAUACACACCACCGAAGCGGAAUGGAACUCAGGUACAACAGUCAAUGUGACUCUACCAACUGUUAGCGAUACCCUAACGAUUGAUGGUGAACCUAGAGAGCAAGCAAUUGUGUCGGGACUCCAUCCAGCCACGGCGUAUCUUAUUAGAAUGUUGGCUAUUAAUGAAAUUGAAAGUAGCUCUUACACGGACGCCCUAAUCAUCAAAACGCAGGAAGAGCCACCCGUUGAAUCUCCUCAGAACAUCCAAGUCCAGACAGGUGGGAUGGGAGAGUUAAUUGUAACUUGGCAAGUACCACCAAGAGAUUCUUGGAAUGGGGAGUUGCUGGGAUACAUGGUCAACUACACUGAAGACAAACAGGCUAUUAACUACGUGAGUUCAAGUGGCGCCACAAAUAACAGCAUCAAAGUUCGAGGCUGGGCCACCACAAAAACAACCAUAUCCGGACUGAGGAUGUUUACGAGAUACUUGGUGAGGGUGCAAGCGUACAACGGUAUUGCGUCAGGACCCUGGAGUCAACCGGUUAUCGGGACAACUCUCGAGGGAGUUCCGGAGGCAUCACCGCAGAAUGUAACUUGUUUUCCGGCUGGUUCCCAGAGUAUUCGAGUGACAUGGCAAGAACCACCUCCUGAAUUUCAUGGUGGCAUCAUUCAGGGAUAUAAAAUCCUCUACCGUCCAUUAGUGAAACAAGUUGAAUUGUCCUCAACGACUGAAGUGAAAAGGACAUCGAACAUGGAAACUCACUUGCACGCCCUAUACAAAGCCACAAACUACUCGAUACGUGUGCUAGCAUAUACUAAGGGGGAUGGUGUGCCCAGUGAUGCCAAAUAUUGUUCAACUGAGGAAGAUGUUCCGGAUCCACCGGCCAAUGUAAAGGCGGCCGCACUGACAGCGGAUUCAAUUUUGAUUUCGUGGCUUCCGCCAAUACACAAAAAUGGCAUCAUAACAAAUUACAAUGUUUAUUGUCGUGAAGCGGGCCGAAAGGGACAAGCUAAAAAUCAUUUGGUCCGUGUGGAUGAAAAUGGGAAUCCAAUGACUUUCGAGGCACGAAAUUUGCACGAAAAUCAAAUGUAUGAAUUUUGGGUGUCAGCCACAACGGGAAGUGGAGAAGGUGAACCAACAGCCGUAAUUGCUCAGGCCACAAACACAAGAGCACCAGCAAGUAUAGCCUCAUUUUCCCAAACACUUCGCCGGGCAGUGGGCUCGAGUUUGCUACUCGAAUGCCUGGCUGUUGGUAAUCCAACGCCACGUACACGUUGGUUCACCAGAGACCGUCCAGUGACAUUUAGUCCAUUCUAUGAGGUCACCACAGAUGGCAAUUUGAAAAUUCAUAGCAUCGAAACGAGCCUCACGGGAAAUUAUACAUGUCAGGCCAAGAAUCUCUUUGGCCACGAUGAAAUUGUCUAUACAAUUGUUGCCAUGAAGACCCCCAGUGCUCCUCAAUUGGUAGUACAAUUCUCUACAGCUGAUAGUAUCCGGGUGACUUGGGAACCACCCGAUGACGGUGGUGCCCCCAUUCAGGGCUAUAUCCUGUCCUACCGAACAGGCGACAGCGGCUGGCACAGACUCGAUUUUACACCUGAGCAAACCAGCUACACCAUAACGGGUCUCAAGUGUGGCAAUCAGUAUAUCCUGAAAAUGAUGGGCUUCAAUCGUGUGGGUGAUGGACACAGCAGUGACGAGAUUAUCGUAGGGACAAAGGGAAAAGUGUCCACAGCACCAGAUGAGAAGGAUUUUGUCCAAACAAAUGCCACUUGUGCCAGCAUAAGUCUCUCCCAGUGGAAUAAUGGAGGAUGUCCUAUCCAUCAUUUCUCUGUGGAGCAUCGUCCACUUGGAACAAUACGUUGGACAGUUGUCAGUUCUGAUAUAUCAAAUUCCGAGGAGAAUCGAGAAAAACUGCUAUUUUGUGAAUUUGCACCGGCAACAUGGUACCAAUUACGUGUCUCCGCAAUAAAUGACGCAGGUAAAACGACGGCUCAAUUCAAUUUUGGCACCACCACUCUAGAUGGUGAGCGCGUGGCACCACCCGAGGUAUUCCCAUCGGAAAAUGACUUAUCCCAUGAGAUUGCUACAGUGUCCGGCCAGCGAAAUGUUCUACCACUCAUUGUUGUAGUCAUUGUCAUUAUAAUAGCACUCCUGUUGACAAUGCUAAUCCUAAGGCACCGUCGAGCAUUCUGUGGCCCAUCAAUGAGUGGCUAUGAAUCUCGAGCUAUACCAAAUGAUAUAAAAGAGGAGCACGAAAAUAGGAGGAACCAGCAAGUUUAUUCGGCAUCACCUGUUAAGACAGUUGACAAGGGAAAUGAAUCCGAAAUGUACGAAAUUUCACCAUAUGCCACCUUCAGUGUUGCCGGCGGCAGAACAAAUGCCUCUGGUCAGGUGAUGAAUGCUAAAACACCUACCCGUGGUGUCACCUCAUCUACCUUAGACUAUACUAUGCAAUUCAAAACGUUCGGCCAUCCGGAUAGUGAUUUGAAUGCUACGGCAUAUCCUGUGCUCCCUUCUUCCGGUUUUGGUCACGUGAAAGGAAAGUCCAGUUGGCACAAGCAACGAUACUACAACACAGACGAUGAAUCAACAUUGAGCAAAAGUAUGACAGUGGUGGCAGGAAGUAGUCAAAUACAGCCACACAGGAUAAAGGGUAACAGAGAAAGUGGAAGUCACGAUAGUCGACUCAUAAAUAGAAGUAAAAGCCGUUCAAAGGAGAAUCGAGAUGAAAGUGAAUCAGACACUAGUGUAAGUCCUAUCAAUGAAUUCUCCAACGCACCCACCUACAGAGUACCGGUUAAGUCAAGAGCAGAUAUGUUUCGACCAGAUUCAAGUACCGAAUCCAAUAAUGACAACUCACCCUUGACCGAGCGCAGGAGCAACACACCGAGGCAUGUUUUGCAACCAGAAGUGAGGAGCCGUUCACGCCAGCAAGCCCCCAAGCCGCGAGAGAGUCACUCGAUGGAUAUGUUGCGCUCUGGAAGUAACAACAGUUUCAACAGUGAGGUUAUACUUGAGGAUGGGCUUAAAUUUCACCCACCAAGUGGGUUUACGGAUUCACGUGAAUUCAGCGAGGCAGAAUGUGAUAGAGAACGAGCUUUAGACUUAGAAGUACAAAGAGUAAUGGAAAACAAUGAUAUGCAGAAGGUGGAGAGAGAAGAGUUAACCUCACUGUUGGCCAGGUACCACGAGAAGAAAGAAAAAGAACGUCAGGAAUAUACAAUUCACGUAUGAAAAUUUUACAAACUUGUUUUUCACCUUUUCGGCUUCUUGGCGGAAGGAAUUGGAAGCGACAGAGGAGAGCAAUUUUCACACCAAACACAUAAACAAAUUGAUUUAUUCAAUAAAUUAUAGAUCUCAACAAGACAAAAAAACAUGCUAAGUAUUACAAGACAUAUUUGUGAAAGACAAGAACUUUUCACUAACUGUGAAAAUCUAAAUGUAUAAACCGUCAAAAACAGAGGCGGAAACAUGAAAUGAAAAUGAAAUCAAAAUAAAGGAAAACGAGAGUUGGGGAAAUUAAAGUUUCCUAAAAAAAACCAUGAAAUUCUCCUAAUAAAAAAAAAGAAAUUAAAAUAGAAAAUUUUAAAUAAACCAAUUGAUUCUUUUUAGACAAACAUUAUUUCAUAUAUUUAAGAAAUGAUUUUUAUAUAAAUGAAAAUUCGUUGAACGAUUGUAGGAUCGUAAUUAGGUGAAGAAAUUUUUACUUAUACUCCAAUACUGUUCUUUAUAUAUUUGUAUAACAAUUUGUGAUAUUUGGAAAACUGUUUUCAGCCAAAAUACACUGUAACAAGAGGAAAACAUGAUAAAUUGCAUCACAAAAGCGUAUCGUAUAAAGCAGAAUUCAAAAUCUCAUCUAAAUGUGUAUAAUAGUAACAAUCAAUAUUUGUUAUAGUACGGUACAGUUGGUUGGGAAACUGAUAGUUUGUCGUUGAGUUUGGGGAGGGUGGGCUUUAUAUUAUAAUUUUAAGAGUAGAACAUCAGUGGGAAGCUUUUCCAGACUACACUGCGUGUGUUUUCCACUAUGUGCAGAAAAUUUAAUUAAAUGUUUAACAUAUCGAUUUAACUGAAUACGCAGGCAUCUUCAUACUGUACACAAACCGUGUUACAGUCGGAAAUUGCGAUGGAUUGCAAUUUGAAAUUUAAACCCUUAAUAAACACACGCCGUGAAACAUAAAAUUACUGCCACAUUAUAAAAUAAAAGAACACAUUAUUGGACUCUCACAGUAUUACAAAACUUCAAAAAACUUUCCUCCAGAAACCCAUCAGUUCUGUCCCUGCAGUAUUUUGAUCCACUCAAUUAUGCCAAAAAUGUUGACAUCAAUAUAGAAUUGAAAUAAAUAUAAUCGCGAGAGUAUUAAUUUAUGUAAAUCAUAUGAAAACAUGUACAAGGGAUUUAAUUUUAAUCUCCAUUUGUAUGACUAAAUGAAACAAUAACAAUAAAUGAUAUUAAUAAA